AUGCGUGUCUCUUCAGGUAUCGAUCCUAUUCUGGAGGAUCCACUUCAUAUGGUCAUGGACGAAUAUCAUGACUAUCACAAUCAUAACCACUACCACCGCUGGUCCUCGCCUUCGCACCUCGAUCACCCACAGCAACAACAGCACCCAUCUGGCGCGCAACUGUCGCUGCAGCAUUUAUAUAAACAAGGCAACAGCAUCAACUACGAGCUCUCUAGCGCUGCUGGAACUAUACAACGACCGAAAUCUAUCACUAAACAAAGGAGAGCAAAGGACAAGCCGGCCAAAAGUGACCGGGAGGAGGUGUGGCCACCGGAUAUUGCGAGUGCAUCUAUAGGGUCCUCCAGGGCAAGUGCAGCCAUCCGACCCGUACGAACUUCGUGCCCUCUCUGGCCGUCAUCCUUUGGAUUCUUCAUUCAAUACUUCAAAGAAGAAGCACAAUUGGAUACAGUAGACGACCCACAUGACAACGGAUAUAACGGUGCCAGUGAAAAGUUCACCAGUCUGUAUAGCCUGUACGAAAAGACUUCAUGUGCGUUCAUGUUCAUCAAAACUGAUAUGAAACUAGGCUUAAACUUGGAGGGCAGCUUUGAAAACAUUUGCCUCUUCACUUCGGACGAGCACCGAGCGCUGAGAUGUUCAACACUCAUCUACUCCUUUGAGGCCAAGGUUUUGGAGUCGACUGGGGUGAAGCAGACAGCACUCAUCAAUGGAGAAUUUGUACACAGUUUCGGAUUUGCCAACCAGUUCUUCGACUCAUUCCUCAGCCGUGUCUAA